CAAACAAGUGCUGAGAACCGUCAGAAGCUUAAAAUUCUGUGUUAAUUCUCAUUAUUACCUCGACGGCGACGUACAACGUGUAUCUUUUCAUGGGCGCGCCGUUUUGAUUGCUUCUUUGACUUUUCGGCAGUCGUUACGAUUUGCGGCACUCUUGCCAUCUUUUAUCCUUCGAAAUAAAAGCAUGGUUUUCCAUAAACGGAAACAGGUCAUUAGCAAUGUGCGUAAUGUCCUCUUCUAUAUUCCGGCAGUUUAGCGUAAUACCCAUAUAAAAAGUUUUCUGUUCCGAUAAGUACGUUUUAGCGAAUAAUAUUUCAAAGUACACUACUUGAAUAGUGUUAUGUUUAGCGAAUUGCACUGACACAAAAUGGCCAACAAGUGCUAUUUGAAAGACGAAUAAGAAUUUCAGAGCAGUGAAGGAGUUCAGAACAUCUGCCCUGUCGUCGGUGUGGUAAAACAACCCAUUCUGUUAUAACUUAUCGAUAUAAAUCACUUUUGUUUGUUGCAGAUUGUUUAUUAAUUGAUGUUUGUUGUUCUUAAUCCAUUAGAAGCGUAACGUUUAAUUACCUAUUUUUAAACAAUUCUGAGCCCGUGUUGAAAGCUGUCAGCGGUUCAAAAAAUUGUUGACUUUUCUGCUGACGACUUUGCAGAAAAAUGGUAAUGGUAGCGUAAUGGUAGUUUAGCAUCUUAUGCUAAACGUAAACUUCAUUCCAGGCACCACUUGACGAGAAAUGAUUAGCUAACACAGGAAUACUGAAGAAAUAGGAGGAUGCAAAAUAAACUGAAUCCGGUUGAGAUUGAGCGCCAACCUCAGUGCGGUCUUCAAAUUGAGACGAGAAGCCAUAUCCCAACAGGUUUCAGAAAUUGGGAGUUUCUGCCUUUUUCUAAACCUGGAGAGACAACCAAAGACUUCAUCUGGUCUUCUAACCCAGCUACACCACCUUUGACGUCCAUUUUUGGAACAGCCAAUGAAGGGUCUGAACAACACCUGGGAUACGAAGACCCCAUGAACGAGUUGUUCCAAAAAGAAACCCCUCUGGACUUCACUCGGAACCCUUCAGAUCAUCCUUCUGGGCUUGAAAUUACAAAUACAUAUAUCAAAGAUGACGCCUCAGUAACUGUUCCUAAGCUACACGCUGUUGGUAUACAGGUCCCGAACUCCAUUUUAAACUUUAACCACCCAAUCAAGGGUCGUGGAUAUUCAGCAACAUCCCUUUCCAGAUGGAGUUACCCGAGUUCAGAAUCCAAUGAUGGUGGAGAAUGCAAUCAUCAGUCAGUAUUUGCACCGAGAUCGGAAGUUGGUCAAUGCAAAAAUUCACAAACUCAAACCCUCCACGGGUCCACUUUUCAGUCAGGCCAUGUCACCGCUAAGUCCAGCUUGUUGACAGCCCCCUCUCAAACAGCUAUGUGUGGAAUGCAGAAAAGCUUUGGGAAAAAGCAGAAAUCCUCGUUUAUGGACUUUUUGCAUGGGGGCAAACGUAAAAAAAUGAGUUCACAGAUGCCAUUCCGGAUUCGAAGCGAAGUUGUUAAAAGAACACAAAAAUAUGGAAAUUCGGGUUAUGGCUUUGCACCACGGCAGCAGAAAGCCACCAGAUGGCACACUGGCUACACCGGAGCUCCUUUGGAGGAAAUGGCUAUGUGUGGAAAGCAGAAAUCCACAUUUAUGGAAUUUUUGCAUGAGGACAAACGUGAAAUGAGUUCCCAGAUGCCAUUCUGGAUGAACAACUAUAGAAGCUCAGUUGUUGAAAGAACACAAAAAGAUGGAAAUUUAGGUCAUAUCUUUUCACCACGACAGCAGGAGCCCACCAGGGGGCACACUGGCUUCACAGAAGCUCCUUUGGAGGAAAAGGCUAUGUGUGGAAACUUUGGGGGAAAGCAGAAAUCCACAUUUAUGGACUUUUUGCAGAAGGGUAAACGUAAAAUGAGUUCACAGAUGCCAUUCUGGAUCAUAAGCACAGAUGUUGAAAGAACACAAAAAGAUGGAAAUUCAGGUCAUAUUUUUGCACCACAACAGCAGGAAGCCACCAGGGGGCACAAUGGCUUUACAGACGCUCCUCGGACGGAAACAGCAAACUGUGUAAGGCAGCAAAACUUUGGGAAAAAGAAGAAAUCCACAUUUAUGGACUUUUUGCACGAGGGUAAACGUGAAAUGAGUUCACAGAUGCCAUUCCGAAUCAACAACAUUAGAAGCGCAGUUGUUGAAAGAACACAAAAAUAUGGAAAUUCAGCCCAUGCCUUUGCACCACAACACCAGGAAGCCACCAGGGGGCACAAUGACUUUACAGACGCUCCUUGGAAGGAUAUGGCAAACUGUGGAAGGCAGCAAAACUUUGGGGAAAAGCAGAAAUCCACAUUUAUGGACUUUUUGCAUUGGGGUAAACGUGAAAUGAGUUCACAGAUGCCAUUCCGGAUGAACAAAAAUAAAAGUGCAGUUGUUGAUAGAACACAAAAAUAUGGACAUUCAGGUCAUGCCUUUGCACCACAACACCAGGAAGCCAUCAGGGGGCACACUGGCUACACAGAAGCUCCUCUGAAGGAAAUGGCAAAGCGUGAAAGGCGGCAAAAGCAUAGCAAAAAGAAGGAAUCUGUGCGCUUUUCGCAUAAGAUUAAACGCAAGAGUUCAUUCCAGAAGCAUAAAACCUUUAAAAGGGAAGCAGUUGUUGAAAGACAACCAAAAUAUGACACUUCAGGCGUGCAGAAAGAAGCAAGGCAAGUCGAAGCCACUAAUAGCGAGGAAGCGGAAACACGUGAAAUUGCUGACAUUUUGCUCAUGCUGAAGCAGUCAAACCAGAGGAAAUGAUUCAGAUAAGAAAGCGUACCUUUUUCUUGCACGUUGUUCGAGUGCAACACCCCAUGUUUUUAAGUAGCAUUCAAUUCAAGCACCACUGUGUUACUUAGUCAACUCUUUAUUUCAUUCCCACACACUCAAAAGAUGUUUUUUGUAAUAGAAUAUAAACUCUAGCCAAACAUUUUACAGCUCGGACAUUAAACAUACGACAAGUCACACUGUCUUUCUCUACUCUGUUGAAAAGUGUAGAAACGCACAGGGUAACGUGAAACACUACAGUAUACACGACCGUUCAACAAGUGGACAGUGUUAACACAACUGCUAAAAGGCUAACACAAUACACUGUGACGGUGCCGCGUGAAGCAAUCACUGAAAAUAUUUGGUCACCAAUCGCGAAGCCUGGAAAUGGAAUGUGAACCUGUAGAAGUACAAAAUUUUUUUUUUUUUUUUUAAAACCACGUUACACAUGUUGAUGGUAGCUCUCCAACUACAAAGUACAAAUAUGACAAUAUUUCCAUGAAUGGAAUGAAUAUGGAGAAUGUUUAAUACAGUUAAGUUAGCGCCCUCUAGUUUUACGCGAGAUAAUUAAAUAUUUAAAAACUUUGCGUGUUUGUUGAAUUUGCAUUUAAACCUAAUAACUUUUUGUGAUUGCAAGUGUACAAUCUUAACUAUUUUUACCAGAGAAACUAGUGAAUUGUCACACCUUCGGCAUACAUACUAGUCAAAUUCUACCUUUGUGACACAAGAAUAACAUGAAUUUGAUCUAUUUGUACAUAAGGCUGUAGUGGAAGACCAAAAAAUAAAGCCAAAACAGUAGUUAAAGAAAAAAAAAUGAGGAUCUCACACAAUUUUUGGAUUGAAAACGACCAAGAGGCACCGCCACAAAACACAGGCACAACAAUUAGCUUGCCAGAUGUAAUACUGUGCUUGGAAAUGAAGUGAAACACCAAAACCAAAUUCCUAAUAUAGGAUGAAUGCAUGUGAAUAUAAAUGAAUGAAAAUGGAGAAUUUUUAGUACAGUUCUAUAAGCUCUUUCAAGUGGUACACACACUAGCAUUACUGCAUUGUUCUCUGAUAAAUUUGCAUUUAAACUGUAUGUAAUAACUUUUUGUUUACAAUCUCACAUUUGGGAAAUAUGCAGCAUGUUCAGUGCUACUAGUUUUGCCGUUUUCAGCUGCCCACUCUCUUUGCAUUUCUGUAAAAAUAAAAGCUGUGAGCUACCAUAAAUAAACUAAAAGUCUGCUGUGUUACAAAGCUUGAAUGGAAAUGUUUUCAUACAUGCCACGUUUAGUGGAUGCCAAAGUGAAAUGAUCAAUACUUAUAUGGGCUUUGUGACCAUUAUUUGUGUCCAUGAAGAAGACGCACUGUCUUACGAUGUCCUCACUUGACAUAUUUGUGGUUCGCAUCUUGAGAUUUGUCUCCAAAUUUGGCGUCGAUUCAAAGGACGAGCUGACAAAACAUUCACAAGGUCAAUCGGAUGAUCUCACCUCAACAUAACAGGCAUAUAUUUAAUCUACAUCCGACGCGUCGUUGUCCGAUAGAUGGUAGUUAGACCCUUUGACCCGGAUGUAUUCCACCUGCCGAGCCUCGUCAGAAUCUGAUGCGCCGCAAGAGCACAGACGGUUUUCGAAGAGAGCUUCGAUCUCCUCCAGCCGGCGAGAUUUGGUCUCCGGUAGACAGCCAUAGAUGAAGAUGAA